GCGUGGUUGUCUUUUUCCAAAUGUCGAAGUUUGUUUUGAGUUUUGACAUGUUUAUCGUGCUUGCUGGUUAUUCAUUAAGUAACUAAAAAACAAAACACUGUAUUGUUUUUUCCAUUGUCGGAAGAAUUUAUAAAAGUAGACCGAUGAGAAGAAUGAUGUUAAUGAAGGGUGAUGUCUUUACCAGUAUCUCAGUAUGAGGCCUUGUUGGCUCAAGUUCGGGGCUUGAGGCGCCAGGCCCAGCACGUACAACAACUUGUCGAUCCCCUGCUUUUCGGAGAUGUUUUCUUGCCACAGGAACAAAAUGUCAAAUUAAACCAAUUGGAUCGUACCAUGGACGCACCCGAAGUAAACUCAAUCAACCUCGAAACAAGCGAUGACGAGAGUGUUGCAGCACACAGUGCCCAUCACUCGGUGAGUAGCGAACCAGUUUGUCACACAAAUAGAGGUGCAUCUUCAUUGUAUCAUGGCACAUGGCCAGUGGAAAGAACAAUGUGGAAUUCAGAACCAGCCACACUUGAAGUCAAACAACCACCUCUUCACCGUCAAUUGGAGAUGCCAAGUGUUAUGAGUUUCGCUUCUAGUUCGGGUGCUCCAAUAGAAAGAGCAAUAAUUACAACAGAACAAUCAAUGCGGUCUUCUCAGCAACUCGAGGCCAAAGUAGAUAUGGUUUACAGUCUUCUGGCUAUGUUAGGGGGUCAGGAACAUGCAGAUAUGGGAGAAACUCUAUUUGCUCUCAGUACAAAUCCUGAGAGUUGUUUAGCAAUGAGAGAAUCAGGCUGCAUCCCCCUCCUAGUCCAAUUAGUGCAGUCUGAUAGAGACUCUGAAACAAGAAAAAAGGCUACAAAAGCCCUUCAUAACCUUGUUCAAUCACAACCAGAUGAAAAAUUGAGGAAACGGGAGAUUCGAAUAUUGAAAUUAUUAGAGACUGUUUGUGCCUACAACGAGGCCUUGUUAAAUGACGUAGAAUUUGUAUGUGAAAACCUUUCAGACGGUAAGAAUAUUAAUUUUCGAUCGAGCCUCUGUUAUAUGUCUAUGGUUUUAGAUGGAGAUAAACACCCUGUACAGACAAUAGCUCAUUUGAUGAAACUAUCAUUUGAUGAGGGCCAUAGACAAGCUAUAUGCCAACUAGGAGGAAUUCAUACAAUUGCAAAAUUGGUUGAAGCUGAACAUUCCACUCAUGGAAGCACUUCAGACGAUACACAUUGUAUUAUGAUGAGAAGAUAUGCAUGUAUGGCACUGACUAACCUCACUUUUGGUGAUAGUGGCAACAAGGCAUUAUUAUGUUCCUAUAGAGAUUUCAUGAAAGCAUUAGUAGUUCAGUUACAGAACCCAUGUGAUGAGUUGAGACAGGUAACUGCCAGUGUUUUGCGAAAUCUGUCAUGGAGAGCAGAUUCAUCUAGUAAGGAGAUUCUGAGAGAAAUUGGAAGUGUGAAAGCUUUGAUGAAAUCGGCAAUGCUUGAUAAUAAAGAGAAUACCUUGAAAUCCAUACUAUCUGCAUUAUGGAACCUAUCUGCACAUUGCACUGAAAAUAAAUCCGAAAUUUGCGCAGUAAAGGGAGCAUUAGAGUUUUUGAUUCAAAUGCUCUUGUAUAAAUCGGCACCAAAAUCUUUGGCUAUAAUCGAGAACGCUGGUGGAAUUCUAAGAAACAUUUCAAGCCAAAUUGCAGUAAGGGAUGACUACAGGGAAAUUUUAAGAGAGCACAAUUGCUUACAGAUACUCUUGGAUCAAUUGAAGUCGCCUAGUUUAACCAUAGUCAGCAAUGCUUGUGGAACACUUUGGAAUUUGUCGGCCAAAAACGCUACAGAUCAAGAGCUUUUAUGGCAACUUGGAGCACCAACAAUGCUGAAAAGUUUAAAUCACUCCAAACAUAAAAUGAUCGCUAUGGGCUCCAGCGCAGCACUGAAGAAUCUUCUCACCGCCAAACCAGGUUAUUCUUUAGUGCAGCAUAUGGAUUCUACUGCUCUUUCCCUUGAUCUUCCAGAAUUGCCUACAUUAGGCGUUAGAAAACAAAAAGCUCUCCUCAAAGGCUUAGACCAAAGUUUAUCUGAAACUUUCGAUAAUUUAGAUAUACCUUCGGAUAAAAAGAAAAUAAAAAAUGAACAUAACCAAAGAGAUAUACCUACGAACUCUACAUCUCCUAUGGAAGAGACCUCGAGUAAUUCUUAUGCUAGUCUAAAUAUGAAUGAAUCUUCGGUUAAUGUCAGUUAUGAAAGGAAAUCUCGAAUCCCCCAAAGUAGUGGAUCGUCUAGUCUACCUUAUAUGAAUUCUGAACUGAAGCAUCCGUUUAGUUCUACACCAAACAAACCCAGAUAUUCCGAUGACACUAAUGGAGAUAUACAGAUAGAAGCACCAGGGAGGAAAAUACCUAAAAAACAAUCUCUUACAUUGAAGAAAACUACUGAUACUUCACAAACGUCAAGACACACCAAAGGGGAUAAAGGAACUCCUUUGAACAAGUUUGAAAAUGACUCGAGUGAUUUUUGUCUGAAAUAUACGGAAGUUGAAGUUCAUCAAAAUGAGAGCGAAAAUGUUUCAAACAGCAGGGCAAGCAAUAAUCUCCAGUAUUACGCAACAAGAGACAACUCAUCAAUGGAGGAUAUCGAUAAUGACAAACAUAAACUUAAGAAGAAAAACAAGGAGAUUGUGGCUAAUAUGGAUGAGAAGGAUCAUUGUUCGACUGAAGAUAUUUCUGACUCCGAGGUACAACCUAGCACAAGCAAAUCUAAAGUUGAAUUUAAUUCUUUACAGACAUACAAGGAAGAUGUUAUAUUGAAGGACAAUCAAAUUGAUAAUGGCACAAUCAGCAUGCCCUUUCCAAUUGAUGACACAAGCUCUAAUUCUAGCUUAACAAUAAAAGAAAACAAUUCUUCUUUACCAUUAAAUACUAGCCAUCCCAAACCGAGACCAAGAAAAAUCUCGUUGAUGGAAAAGCCUCAACCGGUUCCUAGAUCCUUGAAAACUUAUGAACAAAAUAUUGACGAAUCAAAUGGAGACAGUUUCGGUAUUACAACUCCUGAUACAUCAUCAGACAUUCAACCUAAGUUUCCUAAUAUUCAACACCAAGAAGAAUCUAUCGAAGAUAAUAUCGAAUUCAGAGAAGAAUUGAAUGAGAAGCAAGAUGUUGGAAGGGAAAAGAAAUCCAAUGUAGAUUUUCACGAAAAAGAAAUAACUAGGACUGUUGUGACAUCCACGAAAACAACACCUUGCACUUCUAAGUACCAACAAAGAAAGCUCCCCAGAAACAGUGGAAUUCCAAUGUCUAAGUUACCUUCUAGGAGUGCUCCAGUGAAAUCGGUCUCAAAAAUCGAUUCUUCUGAUGUUGGUGCAAGUGGAGAUUCAACUAAUGACAGAAUAUGUACAGAUGUUGAUGAGGUGGAUAAGCCUGUAUCUUCAAAGGAGAUUAAUAACACUACGUUUCCUGAAACCACAGAAGCAAACUUACCCGCACGCUACGAACAAGAAAGUAAUAUGAGAACGAGUGAAGCCAUUCAAGCGCCUAAUAUGGAUUUGAAUGGAAAAUAUGACGAUAUUCUAUUUGAGAGACGUAGAAUAUUCAGUAAUGUUCCUGAAUCCGACGUUUCAAGCUCUAAGGAGGAAAUUUCUUGCAGAUCAUUGGAUCAAGACCAUUUCGAAAACCACAUAGUUGAAGUAAUCUCUCUCUCUGAAGAAGAUAAAAUUGAUGAAACAUCUGUAAGUUCCUCAUCCGACUACCCAGAUUAUGUUCCUUCAUCACAUUUACCCGAAAACUCAAAUGGGACAUCAGAGGCUGAAGCAACUAUGACGGCCAAAGAUGGCGAUCAAGAAGAAAACUUUUUGAGGAAAUCAGAUAAUAAUUCAGCAAUAGAUGAUAAUUUAUCUACAGAUAUCAAGAAGAGCGAAUCGAAUAAGUCGUUAGGUAAAAUUUUGGAUAUUAGUCCAGAAUUCUUAUACUCUCCUAGGGAAAGCUGUAUGGUAUUCAGUGGCAAAAAGGAAGAAAGACUUGAAAUGAGUUGCAAUGAUUCGGCUAAUGUUGAUACCAGAAUGCUUGAUCCAGAGGCAAUGAUCGAAUCUUUAGAUCGUUUCACAGCAGAAUUAGUAUCUCAAGCGUCUUCCCAUCUUCAAAAUAAGGAUUCACUGUAUAAGAGUAGCAACAAUGAUAACACAUGGGAUGAAAAUUCUUCGCCUAAUGAGGCUACCUUUCCCAGCAUUUCUGUGAGUGCUCCAAAUGUCGUGUCAUUCAACAGUGAUAGUGAAAAUAAUACAUCCUCCAAAAAAAAUGAUUUAAAAGGCGGAAUAGAUGAAUUAGAUAUGGUUUCGAAUGAUUAUUCAUCUCUGAAUACAACCACUAUGACCGAAUCCACAUUGAUCGCCAUGGAAGCCACUAAAAUGGCAGAAGCUUUCAAAGAAGAGGUCAAUUUGUCUACAAGCGUCAAUAGUUUGGUCUCUUUAGAACUUGAUCAAGUGCAACCUCCUUCACAUUUGAAUUCCUUGUCGAAUAGCAUAGUGGGAUUUCUGGACAGUAAGCCGAACAGUCCUAAAAUGACCAGAAAAAAAUCUUUACCAUCUAACAUUAUGGUGAAAAGGGCCUUGAAUCAUUCCCUGUCACAUAAUUCAAGUGUUGAGAAUCUUGACCACCAGAUGAACUCUGUCCAUCAAGAAGGAACAAGUAGGAGUACCCCAACCUUCCCUAAUGACAUAUCAGAAUUGAAAAAAUCUUUCAUCAUCAACGGACCAGUCAAUAUGAACUAUUCCAGAAAUGUUUCCAAAAUGCCUUCCAGUUUUGCGAAUUUAGAAAUUUCUAGCCAAUUGCUUAGUGUAACUGAUUUGGAUAAUAUCAACCCUCCUUCUAUUUUGAAUGAAGUCACUGAUUUGUGUAGUUCUUUAGCUGAUGUUGCAUCUACUUCAAUAGGUACAGAGACGGAGGUUUUUGAAGACUGUUUCACUCAUGUUACCGACAAUUAUUUACAAACUGAAAACGAUGUUACUGAAUUUUCCGAUGCGAAUAGCAUAACUCCAAUUCAAUCAAGUGCAACAAGUAGUAGUGACAAUACUCCAAAACGACAGAAAUCUCUGAGUAAAAGUCUAACAUCGAAACAGAAGAGAGCCCUAGCUAAAGAAAGGUACAAAACAUAUAUCAUUGCAGCAGAAAUGGUAAUGAAAGAUAGCAUCAUCAGUCAAGAAGAAAAUUCAAAUGAAGUAUUACAAAAUAUUGAUUUAAAUAGUCGGCAUAUUGAGAAGAAUGAAACUAAAAAUGGUGUGAUGAACUCAGCUUCGGAAAACGAUGAUUCAGAACAUAGUGGUCAGACUUUUCUCAUUGACACAAAAGCUUCCAAAUUAUCACCUAAAGAAAGAAGAUUGAAUGAAAGGUCAAGGUUUCAAACUCAAGUAUUAGAAGUGAGUCAGAUUCCUAAUUUCCACAACCAGAAUUUGAAGGAACAGCAAAAAGAUUGUGAAUCAGACAGUCUCAAAGAGCAAAGUCCCACGAGAUCUAAGAUUUCCAUCCGUAAGAACAUUUUACAGAAGAGAUUAACAAAUAAGGAACGUUUCAAAACGCAGACACUUGAUGACUCUCAACUUUCAUCAAUUUUUUCGGCUUGUGAAAACCCAAUUCCAAGCGAUGCAGAGAUGUAUCUGAUGGUGGAGAAAGAAGCAAAUAAAGUGUUAAAAACACUAAGGGAUACCAGUACUACUCAUGAUGAAAUACUUGACUGUGAAACAAUUAGCCUUGUAUCCAAUGAUGAUGAGUCUGAACCCAAUUCUAGAAGCUCUGUCAACUACAGAACUUAUCACAAGAGCUGGGGUCUCAGAAAUAAUAUACCUGUCAUAACUUCUGAUGAAACUCAGAAAAAUGUAGGUGAUUCUUUGGAAAAUUGCUCAAUCCCUUCUGAUGAAGAAGUGAAUAGAGUUCCUCCAAAACCUAAAAUCAUCAAACCUGAUCAGAAAAAAAUUGAGGAAUACAAGAAUGAUGAUGCUGCACAGCCUAAAGGUAUAAGGGGUAGAAGAAAAAAUUUGUAUACUAAAAGUAACUUGAAUAAAGUCACUCCUAAGUCUAUAAGACCGGUAAAGAAUGUGACUUCGAAUUUAGUUAAGAAUGUGACUUCCACUCUCAAAUCAGCAACACCAAAACCAAUCAUAUCGAAGCCUAGUAAAAUUGCUUCUAGACCUCCAACUAAAGGAAAGAUUGCAACUGGAACUGCUAGACCAGUUUCAGCAAGUAGCAUGUCCCAAGUCAAUCCUAAUUCAUCAGUAUUACAAAAAAAUUCUAAGCCUAGUAUUCCUAGACCUGCAAGUGAUAGCAAGAAAUGUCCCCCAAAACCAUUAGAACGGCAAGGCACUUUCACCAAAGACGAUAACGCUGUAACUGUCAAUCAGACCAAGAGCAAAAGUGCUGAUACUAAAAUACCAGUUCCUGGAUCUGUUAAAAGUUCUAUUCCAAAAAUGUCAUCAAAACAGAGCAGUAUUCCUAGAGCCGGUAUUUUCAAAUCAGCGAGUUCAGAUCGCAGCUCUAAACCAACAAAUAUAAAAAUGUAUAAUCGUUCUACCAGUGCUGACAGUCGUGAAAGUUCAUUUUCUAGAAAAAUUCAAAGCUCUCUAUCAAGUCAUAGUUUGAAAAGUGAACCAGAAAAGGUGCAACCAAGUGGUGCAAUAAAGAAGACAAUGCAGUACCAAAGAUUAGACAGCAAUACAAAUUUAAACGGGUCAAACAAUACUAAAAAACAAGUAACUAGUAAAAUAGCAAGUAUUUGGAAGAAGAUUGAGGAAAGCAAAAAAAAGACUGUGAGUAAAAAAGACAGUAAAAAAUGGAUUGAAGCGGAAGUAGAACCCUUAAGUGAUGCUUCUAAUUCAAAUGUCAUUUCUAGUAAAAAUGAAAGUGAUGAUAAUGCGCCAAAACGUAUAUCUAGGUUAGGUUCAUUCGUUAAUGUGGAUGAAAACGAUGAUCUUACAGUAUAGGAAGUUAUUUAAAUUUUCAAAAAUAUACUACUUUUUGAACAGUUGUAUGCGUUCGUAUUUCUCGGUUUCUGCAUGUCUAUUUUCUUUGAUAAUUUUAAUCCUAGAAGUUUUUUAAUCUAAAAUUCAAUUUACUAUAAUCAAUUUAAAAUUCAAAUGCUUAAACUCAAUUUGCCACAUUUCCAUUUUAAAUUUCUAGGAUUAUAAAUAAAAACUUUUCUGCAUGUCUAAUUUCUAAUCAUAACUUUUUAUUUGUUCUUUGUGUUUCAAUAUUAACCUAUUUGAUAAACUUUUGGGUACUUACUUUUUAAGUUGUACAUAUGUUACUUUUAUUUAUGAAAAUUGUUUGGCCAUAUUUUCUAGUCCUAUUCUUAUAAAUUUGUUGAAUAUGUAAAUUUAUUUAUUCCUAUGAUGUACUUUAUGUAGAUAUUUACAUCAAAAAUUAUAGCAUUUGUAGAAUAAAUUCAGUUUUCCAUGUAAA